AUGGCUGACGUCAAGGCUGUUCCCGCGGCGCGCGUCGCCGUCACGGCGCAGUCUGCCACCGAGCUGAUCGGCAACACGCCCCUCGUUCGCCUCAACAAGAUCCCCCAGAGCCUCGGCCUCGAGUGCGAGGUCUACGCCAAGGUCGAGCUCUUCAACACGGGCGGCAGUGUCAAGGACAGGAUAGCCCUGCGCAUGAUUGAGGAGGCCGAGAAGAGCGGCCGCAUCAAGCCUGGCGACACCCUCAUCGAGCCCACGAGCGGCAACACAGGCAUCGGUCUGGCCCUCGUCGGCGCCAUCAAGGGCUACAAGACCAUCAUCACCCUGCCCGAGAAGAUGUCGGCCGAGAAGGUGUCCGUCCUCAAGGCUCUCGGUGCCACCAUCAUCCGCACCCCGACCCAGGCUGCCUGGGACGCCCCCGAGUCGCACAUUGGCGUCGCCCGCCGCCUCCAGAAGGAGAUCCCCAACGCCCACAUCCUCGACCAGUACGCCAACGUCGACAACCCUCUCGCGCACGAGUUUGGCACUGCCGAGGAGAUCUGGUCGCAGACCGGCGGCAACCUGACCGCCGUCGUCGCCGGCGCCGGCACGGGCGGCACCAUCACGGGUAUCGCCCGUGGCAUCCGCAAGCACAGCAAGACGGUCAAGAUCAUCGCUGCCGAUCCCCAGGGCAGCAUCCUCGCGCUGCCCGAGGCCCUCAACGCGGACCACGCCAACGAGGGCUACAAGGUCGAGGGCAUCGGCUACGACUUCAUCCCCGAUGUCCUCGAGCGCGAGAUUGUCGACAAGUGGUACAAGACGGAGGACCGCGAGUCCUUCCAGCUGGCCCGCCGCCUCAUCGCCGAAGAGGGUCUCCUCGUCGGUGGCAGCUCCGGCUCGGCCAUGGCCGCCGCCAUCCACGCCAUCCGCGACCUCGGCCUCGGCAAGGGCGACACGGUCGUCGUCGUCCUGCCCGACAGCAUCCGCUCGUACCUCUCCAAGUUUGCUGACGACGACUGGCUCGCCGCCAACGACCUGCUGCCCGAGGUCAACGGCCUCGCGCCGCAGGCCGCCCAGGCCGGCGCCACGUCGACGGCCGACGCCGCCGACGCCAAGAAGGACCCGCUCGGCGGCGAGACGAUCCGCGCGCUGCGCCUCAAGCCCGUCAUGUCCGUCGUCUCGACGGGCCCCUGCGCCGAGGCCAUCGAGAUCAUGCGCGACAAGGGCUUCGACCAGCUGCCCGUCCUCUCGCCCCCCGAGCAGGGCGGCCGCCUCGUGGGCCUCGUCACCCUCGGCAACCUCCUGUCCUACCUGUCCUCGGGCCGCGCCACCGGCACGAGCCCCGUCAGCGCCGUCAUGUUCGACUUUGGCCGCCUCGACGAGGUCGUCACCGACCCGCGCCAGUUUGGCGACCAAAAGGCCGCCGCCGGCCAGAAGAAGAGGCAGUUUGUCGCCAUCACCCUCGACACGCCCCUCACGGCCCUGCAGCGCUUCUUCGAGUGGAACAGCGCCGCCGUCGUCACCGAGGCCGCUGCCAAGGGCGAGAAGGCCCUGUCCAAACCCGUCGCCGUCGUCACAAAGGUCGAUCUGCUGACGUGGCUCGUCAGCAAGAAGCUGUGA